AUGGCGACUCCAACGCUUUCGACUCUGCAUCAUGUCACGGAGCGCAAGUUAGGAAAACUUGCGGACCACCGCGAAAAGUUCGAAGCCGAGAAGAACUCGAUAUUGGCGAAAGUUGCAUCCGCACCAGAUCAUCGCAGCAAAGUUGAAGCCUUGUUAGACGGGUUCGAACAGCAUGGAAUCACAGCGAAACACCCCGAACUCUCGAUAGCGAACCUGAAACACUUCAUUCAUCAAGCGAAACAUGACCCGUCUGUCUCUGCAACGCUCCUUUCGGAUUGGCAAUCGAAGCUCGAACACGAACUUGAUGUGACAAGCGUCAAGUACGAAUAUGCGGCCCUGUUUGGGAAGUUGGUCAUUGAAUGGAUUAAACAUCCCAACCCCGCUGGUUCGGCUUCUGCUGGCCAUGCUGUAAGCAACAAUUCAGACACAGAGAUGAGCGAAAGCUUUGACACGGUCGGUCGCAAAGAAAUGCACGAGCAACGCAAAGAAUGGGAGAGCUAUGCAUUUACAGAGCGCAAGAUGGAUCAAGACAGGAUUGUAGAGUACUUGAAUGAGAUCUUUGGGACCACGCAGCAAGCGAAGAAGGUCACCAAAACGCCUCUUCAGAACCUGCGUGAUUCCAUGAAGCAUGUCAUGGAUUUCAAAUCGGAUUUGCAGCCUGUUAAAAAGAAAAAUACUCUCUAUGACAACGAGAUCCGGACAGGUUCCGGCGCUGCGUCUCGAUUCGAUGUCGACACACUCAAAUCGUGUAUCCAAGGUGUGCUCCGGUCGGAUCUGCUUGCUGGAACUAAACGAGAGUCUCUUGCAGAUCUUACGAAUCAGCCAGCAGUACUGAAGGAGCUUGUCGACGUGCUGAAUAUGGAUCUGGAAGGUCUCGAUAAGUGGGAAUGGGAUCCUUCGCCGGUCCCCUUGAACAUGCGCAGGCAAUUAAACGGCAAAUACAGAGUAUACAUGGAUGAGGAAACUCACCAGGCUAUCCUACUUCAUUUCAUCGGGAAGACAUGGGCAGUCGCGCUUAAGCAGGCAUUUACUAUGUUCUAUCACUCUGGCGCCUGGUUGCAGUCGCCAUAUCGGUCAAUGAGCAAGAAGGCCCGGCAACGGCGCGAGUACUUCAUCCCUCUUGGCACGGAGAACCAUAAUGUCCGUAACUACAGACGCGAGAGGUAUCAAGGGGACUACUUCAUGACACAAUUACCGGAUAACAAUUUCGAGGACCAACGUGACUACAACGCCGAGGACCAGGAGGAGAAUCAAUCUGGGUUACGCAGCUCGCCACUAGCGACGAAACAGUCCAUGCUGCGUCUUGUGACCGCUGAGCUUCUGCUCAACACUAAGGUGUACGGCGAGUUUUUGGUUCUACAGUCCGAUUUUAAGUGGUUUGGUCCUUCGCUGCCUCACGACACCAUCUUCGCUGUGCUGAAAUUUUUCGGUAUCCCGGAAAAGUGGCUUCGCUUCUUCAAAAAGUUCCUUGAAGCGUCUGUGGUCUUUGCGCAGGAUGGUCCCGAUGCAGAGGCGCUCAACCGGAAAUGUGGCAUUCCCAUGUCGCAUGUACUGAGCGAUGCGCUCAGCGAAGCUGUCCUCUUCUGCUUGGACUUUGCCGUCAACAAACGCACACGAGGUGCCAACAUCCACCGGUUCCAUGACGACCUCUGGUUCUGGGGCCAGGAGUCUACGUGCAUUCAAGCCUGGAAUGCAAUACUAGAGUUCUCGAAGGUUAUGGGUCUGCAGCUCAACGAAGAUAAGACUGGAGCAGCUCUGGUUGUCACAGACAAAGCUACAUCUCGAUCUCUCCCAGAUGCUCUUCCGAAAGGCCCCAUCAAGUGGGGCUUUCUGAACCUAGAUGCUUCGUCAGGCCGAUGGGUCAUCGACCGCACGCAGGUCGACGAGCACAUUGAAGAGCUGCGCCGCCAGCUAGGAGCAUGCCAGAGCGUCAUGGCGUGGGUACAGGCCUGGAACAGCUACGUCAGCCGCUUUUUCUCAACGCACUUCGGGCAGCCAGCGAACUGCUUCGGACGCCAGCACAACGACAUGAUCAUCGAGACGUACGAGCAUAUCCAGCGCAGCCUCUUCAAAGAUGCAGGCACAGCCAACGUCACAGAAUACCUACGCGGCAUGCUUAAGGAGCGCUUCGGAACAGACGACUCCGUCCCCGACGGCUUCUUCUACUUCCCGUAUGAGCUCGGCGGCCUGGGUCUACGCAACCCGCUCAUCAACGCCUUCGCGACAUACAGGCGGUCCUUCCGCGACUCAGCAGAGCGCAUCGACCGCGCGUUCGAGCUGGAAAAGGCCGAGUACGACGACCUCAAGGAGCGCUGGGACUCAGGCGAUCACCGCCCCAAGCGCACGAAGUACUCUCCUCUACCUCAAGACGAGGCUGGCACGGACACCGAUGCCGACGAGCCUUUCAUGAGCUUCGAAGAGUAUACCAGGUACAGGGAGGAAACGUCUUCGUAUCUGCGCGACGCGUAUGCCAAUCUGCAGGAGUGUCCGCCGGAGGAGUCGGUGGAGACGCUGCCUGCGAUACGCGAAAUGCUGCAGGAGCGGUCGCUUGAGGAGUCGCCGUAUUGGUUGUGGAUAUAUAAUCUGUAUGUUGGAGAUAUGAAUAGGAGGUUUGGGGGGUUGCAGCUUGGAGAGAGGGAUUUGUUGCCUGUGGGGUUGGUGGAUGUGCUGAGGAGUGAGAGGGUGCGCUGGGAGGGGUAG